CCGGUGCCGAGGCCUGUCAGUCUGCAGUCACGGUCACUGUCAGACUCAGACUUGUCUCUGUACCGACACCAUCCGCUGUCAAUCAUGGGCGCCUCCCGGGAAAUCAUCAAUCUUCAGAUUGGCCAGGCGGGCAACCAGGUCGGGGAAAACUUUUGGUCAAUGAUCCUUGCAGAACAUGGGAUUGAUACUUCUGGAGUUUACAGAGGAAAGAAUGAUCUGGAACUCCAACGAGUUGGCACAUAUUUUACGGAGGUAGAAUCUUCUGGCCAGCGUCGUUAUGUUCCUCGAUCCGUCCAAGUGGAUCUAGAGGUUGGCGUUUUAGACAGGGUGAGGAGCGGGAAGCUGGGCAACCUUUUUCGACCCGAUACGUUUGUCUCCGCCGAGUCCGGUGCGGGAAACAACUGGGCCAAAGGAUUUUACACUGAAGGCGCCGAGCUCGUAGAUGGGAUUCUAGAGACGAUUAGGAGACAAUCGGAGGCCUGCGAUGCCCUACAAGGGUUCCAACUCAUCCACUCACUGGGAGGAGGGACUGGAUCGGGUCUUGGAUGUUUAUUGCUCUCAAAGCUGCGAGAGGAAUACCCCGACCGCAUGCUUGCUACCUUUUCCAUCAUGCCCUCGCCCAAGGUAUCGGAAACCGUCGUCGAACCGUAUAAUGCGAUGCUCUCUACACACCAACUUUUGGAUAACACUGACUUGACGAUUUGCAUUGACAAUGAAGCGCUGUAUGAUAUAAAUCAGCGAACCUUACAUGUCAAGAGCCCGUCUUUCAGCGACUUGAACCAAGUGAUUUCGAAAGUGAUGUGUGGGGUCAGUACAAGCCUUCGCUUCCCUGGUCAGCUUAACGGCGACUUACGGAAAAUGGGGAUGAAUCUGGUCCCGUUCCCUCGGCUACAUUUCCUCAUGCCAAGUUACGCACCUCUGUUUGAUCCAAAGUCCAGAUCGUUCGAAAGGAUGAGCGUGUCAGACCUGACGACUGCACUUUUCGAUCGCAGAAAUCUACUAGUCGCUUGUGAUCCACGAUUUGGGCGCUACCUUACAGCAUACACAAUCUUCCGAGGACAGAUUUCUUCACGCGAAGCCGAGGUCACGGUCCAUGACCUCCAAAGCAAGAACUCCCAACUAUUCGUCGAGUGGAUUCCCGACAACGUUUCUGUGUCCAUCGUUUCGGUGCCUCCCGUGGGCCAGAAACAGGCCGCGACGGGACUCGCGAACUCUACCUCCAUUCAGGAACUAUUCCAGCGCACUCUAGAUUCGUUUUCGCUGAUGUUCAAACGCCGCGCUUUCAUGCAUUGGUAUACUGGGGAAGGGAUGGAUCCCUUGGAAUUCUCGGAAGCGGAGAGUAACACGCUUGAUCUGAUGUAUGUACCAGAUUCGUUCUAAAGGUGUCAUUCUCAUGCAGGCUUCGGUAUCACAGAGCGGAGUACCAACAGUAUCAAGAGGCAACGGUGGAAGAUGAAGAGGAGUAUCUUGAGGAGGAGGGAGCAGAGUAUGCGGAAGAAGAAUUCGCAGAAGAGCAAUAACACCAAUGGCUUCGCACUUCAGCAUGUUACAUCUACCAGCAGCGCGUUACUGAUCUACGUUCAUAUCUUUCUGUGUAUUGGACAGGUUCUUACUGUAUGU